UACCUUUAUCACGAGAGAAGAAGCGUCGUCUCUUGGAUACAGGAGAAGCGGCUCCUCUUGGCUCGAUGCAUCUGCAGCUUUUCAGGUGGGACGAUGCUGCCAGUGAAACACCUUCAUCUGAAUCAUGUCCUGCAGACAGUAUCUGUGCUGGAGGCAGUUGUUCUCCACAGCUUUGGCCCAGAAGGAGGACAGGUGCUGUUCACACGAGACACAGGACAGCUGAUGUUGAGCCGCAGUGGUACACGUAUUCUCUCAGCGUUGCGACUGGAUCAUCCAUUGGCUCGAAUGGUGGUGGACUGUGUGUGGCAGCACACUAAAGUAACAGGGGAUGGAUCCAAGACCUUUGUCAUAUUACUGGCAUCAUUACUACGGGUGAUUCAUACGGCAGCCUGCCAGGACGCGAAUGUAUCUCACUCCUACAACUCUAGAGAAGCAGCACAGGCGGCCACUGCGAGACGCUUGGCUCAGGAACUAUUGGUAUUUGCACUGGACCAGCUGAGCGAAGUCAUCGCUGUGGGAGUAGUCCCUUAUGGGUGCUGCAUUUCAUGGGAGGAUUGCUCUUCAAAUUCUCCUUCAUCAGCUAACUCAAAUAUAAACUGUCUUCAGAAGGUUUUGACGCCAUUCUUUCACACACGUCUGGGACACACCUACUGUGACUUUAUGAGUCAACUCACCUGUGACCUGCUUGCCUUCUGGAAAUUUGGACAUGGCCAUCCAUCAUCAUCACUCCAGUUUAUUGAUAACAACUUCCCCGCCCUGCAUACACUUGUGUCAGGCUUCCCUGUGAAUAGUUCUCGUUUGAUAGAGGGUCAGGUCAUUCACAGGGACUUUGCUACACCCUUCCCUCAGAUUGAUCAUCAACCAGUUAAAGCUGUAGUGUUCAGUGGGUACCUGCAGCCAAACGUGCUGAGAGCAGGAGAUCUGCUGGAGCUGGAAGGUGGAGCACAAAUGAAGGAGGAGAAAGAGAGAAAGGCGAGAAGUAUCACGCAGUAUAGCACCUGGGCUGAACAGUCACUAGAGGGAGCUAUUGCAAUCCUGCAGCGUUUGGAUGUCUCUGUGCUCUUGUGUGCGGUGAAACAGUCCGAUGCUGCUCUGGCUUUAGCUGCACAUGCACAAAUAAGUGUGGUGGACUGUGUCAGUGAAGAUGAGCUUUUUCUUUUUACCCAAUUAAGUGGAGCCACACCUCUUUCGGACUGCCAUCUCAUUGAAAAAGAACAUAUUGCUACGCUGACAUUUUGCCGACCUAUACUGCUGGGAGCACAUAGGUAUGUUCAUGUGGCUUUUCAUGACUGUGUGGAAAGGUUACUGGUCAAACCCAGCAGUCUGAUCAUUUGCAGCCCAGGAGAGGGUCAAACAGGGCAGUGUGCUUCUGCCAUUCAAGAUGCCUUCCACAUGCUACUUUCAACUUGGGAGCCCAUGCCUGUUAGUGCAAAUACAUCGUCAAAGACAAUCUUGCACAAAAACACAGGCCUUGUGCAUGCAUGUGCAAGAGCACCUCCUUCUCAGAACUGCAUGCUGGAGCCAGGCUGUGUUGUACCUGUUGGUGGGGUAUUUGAGCUGCUCCUACACCAUGCCCUGCUACAGCGCAGCCGCACUCGUUCCAGUUCCGAUCACACAGAUAAAAGCGUACCUGCUGUUUUAAAGAUGUUUGCAAAUGCUGUGCUGAACGUGCCGCGACACAUUUACUCUCACAGUCCUCGACACUUCCUGCAGUUUCAAACCUGGGCUCUGAGCGCUAUUCAAAACUAUCCCUACCCUUUCAGCCUUACACACAAACUACAGCACAACACAACCCCCCUGCAGAGUCACGGUGAGACAGAAUGCCUUCUAGAAGAUGGCACAUUCAGCAUGUGUUUUUGUAGAAAGACUGACACAGCUUCACAACUUUUUAUGUCGGACGCAGGUCUUGAAUCUGUCUCUUGUAAGCACCAGUUAUUACUGGCUGUGCUGCAGUGUGUUAUAAGCCUUUUGCGGGUGGAUGCUGUGAUUUGUGUAAACAAUGCGUUACACAGACAAUCACUCAGACUCUCAGACAUUUCCUUGGAGGGCACAGAGGAUGAAGCUGAAGAAUGAGACUGCUGGAAAUAAAUAACUGCACCAUGUUUGCACCCAGAAACAUUUGCUGAAUAUUUGCAUGUUUAUAUCAAAAGGGGAUUGCUACAGGAAUUUUCACCGGUGUUUGUUUGCCUUUUAGCAGGAUCACUCAAACAGUAAUGGAUGUAUUUCACUUCAAUUUGGUGAAUGAAUAGAUAAUAUUCUGGGAAAUAACUAACUCAAGUUUGGAGGUGAUCUGGAAUAUAUUUUGGAGCUCUGAUCCAGAAGCAUUCUAACUCAAAAAGUUGUGAGAGGAUAUUGAUGGAAUUUGGUGAACAGAUGGUUAAUGUCUUAGAAAAUGAAGGAUUUUUUUUUUUUAAUUAUUAUUUAAUUUCAUCUGGAGCUUAUGUUGGAUCCAAAAUCUAGACGAUAUAGCCAUGUUGGAAGUAUUCUCUCUCUGUCUCAGUGCCUUGUAGAAUUUUAGUUUUUCUUUCUGAUUGCAUUGCAUUUCUAUUGCAAGUUACAUAUUAUCAUUGUUCAAAUAUUCUGAGGGUUUUCAGCAUAUAAAAUAACUCACUAAUAGAGCCUGACCAAUAUGGAUUUUUUUGGAAAUCAAUACUGAUAAUGAGGGAGUAAGAAAAAAAACUAUGCCAAUAUAUAUGUACAAUUUGGCAGUGAUUACCAAAAUUUUGUCAUCAAACCCCCAUGACAGAAAUUGAAUUGAGGAUUGACAUUUGCAAUUUAAACAUGACCUUUACCAUAAAUAACUGAAAAUAUAACCAACAACCAACCAGUGUAUGUCACGUCAACUUCAGUCAGAUUGGCAGUUGCCACGUCGCAUUUCAAGUUUGAAAUAAUAUGCAAAUUUGCAUGAAACAGACUUCAUGUCUACUUUGGCCCCACCUACUUGGCGGCAUUGCGACCACUUAUGUCUUGUUGCUGUAAAACACACACUGACAAUAAAUAGCAGCUGGUCACUUUGCCUCUCUCAUAAGUUAAUGUGACCAACGGGUUCCAGGGUUGCUUGACAGCAUUUUAAAUAAUACCGUUGGCAUGCUCUCUGCUGGACAAACUAUAUAAUCACACCAUUUGCAACAACCAAAAUGGUUUUCUGCAUUGUUUUCUGCAAAAUUAAUGCUCAUACCGAUAUGUUUGUGAACGGGUCAUAUUAGCUGAUAUCAUCAGUCAGCCGCUUGACUCACUAACAAUUCCCUGUUCUGUAUGAAUUUUGUAUUUGGUAGUGACCUUAAAAACAAAAUCGUAUGGUUUUAAUCUUUGUACUAGAUGUUCACUUGUUGAUCACUUUAGUCUGUAUCGAGUGUUUGCACAAAGUUGUGUAAAUGUUUAUGUUGCCACGUCUCCUUUAAAGUCUCAUGACGGUUCCAUUUUUCAUCAUUUCCUUAUCUUUGGGUUUCUGCCCACUUUCCUUGACCUGUACUUGUGUUACAUCAAGGACAAACACGUAGCAACAUUCCUUUUUGUAAUCAGUGUUCUUUCUCUCCACAGUGGGGCAGGGGAGUCUGGAAGGGCAACACCUACCUGUCAACAACUGAAUCACUACUUCCUGCUUACAAAUCCAAUGAAUACAGUAAUUAAGAAGAAGAUAAAAGUUUUUGCUAAAUUGUGGGAAGUGAUGAGUCAGUGGAGACUGUUUGUGUGUGUCUGUACACUAAAUUUCCUGUGAAGAGAAAACCCAAACAAAGACCAUUCUUGGCUGAUCAAACCCAAUAUGAGUCAUUGCAAAUGUUUGAGAGGGUGGUGGAGUGUUCCAAAUGAUUUUAUUCCACCAUGUUUGUUCUGAUGCAUUUUCAAAACCUGUUUUCCAGCCAGCCAAAUCGAGUUUUUAAGACUCAGUUUUUUGUUUUUGUUUUUUGUCAGUCAU